AUGGACGCUGCAAUGGAUGAUAAUGGGCUGGAAGACAAGCCACUAGCUGUGAGGAGUAAAUUGAACCUGAGCCAAUAUAUUUCCCUAGACAACGAUGCGCCAAAAGUUGUGCCAGAGUCCGAUUUAAGGGCCCUUACCCAGGGCCCUUUGAAAUGCCUAAUACUAGAGUCUGGAAAUUACGAACAAUCACUUUCUCUGUGGAAUUGCCUCUUCCAUACGUUGGAGGAUACAGCACUCACUACAUCACACCAGACCUCUGUGUGCAAUGCCAUCUGUGCAUUUCUGGAGGCCGCAUUGACGGCUAGAGAUCCUGAGAUCUGUCAAUUUGCUCGAUCUAAGGCGACUUGGCUGUCCAUCUUUGAGGUAUAUCUUGAUCGAUUCGAGUAUAACCCUGCAAAGCCUAUGAAGCAAAUACUGGCUACACUGACAAAUAUCCUGGCCACACACCCCGAGUCAGAUACCACAAGCUCCAUUCGCUCUUAUUUAAUCGAAUCCGUGGUUAAAACUAUUCUACUAGCUGAACCCUUAGCCAGGCUGAAGGCUUCGGUCGUUUCUCUUCAUUUUCUUAUCCGAAAGGAUGCUUUCCCUGCAGUAGAUUUAAUAUCUCGGUUACAGGAAUGGCUUCGAGCCAAUGGUAACUGUUGGAUACCAGUUAUAGGUGAGCACUCCACCAAUGUUGGUCUCGAUAUACCCGCCUUUACAGAUAGCAACCGGGGCGGAGUUUUGGCUUCUCAGGACGAGCAAGGCUUGAUAACUGCACAGAUAUUCUGCCUUGUGCUGUUACUACACCUGCAGAAUGCGAAUGUAGUGACAUCCUCUGGCGCCCUUCUUUCUCAGCUAUGCUUCAAAUUGAAAAAGGAGUCUGAAGCUGGCCGGUUCCGGUAUUCAACUUCAGAUAACGGAGCUCCGUUUUGGGCCGCUCCCUUGAAGUAUCUGGCACUUCGGAAUCUGGAUAAUCUUGACUCAACUAUCAGCCUUGCUUUUCAUCUACUAUUCAGAGGCCGGCUAGCUGAGUUUCAAUCCUUUCUUGAUAUUCUACCUCUUGAAGACCUUCUGUCAGAAAACUAUAGUAAUACUGGCACUACUGAGUUUGCACUUCUUAUUGCUGUUCUUGAAACAGGGAAGGAGUUGGGACUUAUACAUGAGGAUCAAGCUCCAAAUUCAUCAUCGACUGAUAAAUUUCUAGUCCUGGAGAGUCAAAAGCUAAGACUUCUUUUAAUCCAUUCGAACGCCAAGAUAAGAGUACGGGUACUCUCAUUGUUGAUAUCUGCACCAUCUACUACGAAACCAUUCUCGCCUGAUGCCCUACUUAUCUUCAAGGAAAUGAUUCCAUUUGUUCAUGCUGAGGCGGAUGCCCACGUCCGCAGUGAGCUUGUCAGUCUGAUACGGAGACUCACUGUCCGACUCAGGGGUGGUUCAUCCCCACGCCAACUGAAGACAGAGGUAAUCGAGACUAAUCAGAAUUCUCAAUACCUUGAUGCAAAAACAUUUGUAUCCUGGUAUAUUGAGUUCCUACAAUCCGAGCUUCGACUAAGCGCUUCAUAUCAAACGCACAUUCUUGCACUGAAGGCAUUAGCAACUCUACUACAAUCCGGACUUGACCCAAGGAUUGACUCGGCUAAACUAUCAAAAAUUGGAAAUGACCAAAAGAACUGGCCCUUUGCAAUAGACAUAUUUACAACUAGCCUUUUCAGGGCAUUAGGGGACCUGUUAAUUAAUCCCUACGAAGAAAUCCGGAUGACCUCACUUGCAAUCCUCAGAUUAUUCCCGCUCUCAUUCAUCAAGCCCCAAUCCAUUGCUGGGGAUGAACUCGGUAUAAAGGAUGGCACUAUUCGUCAGCCAUAUCACCAAUUACUUGAAGCCUUUUCAAGAGCAGAGGAGAUGGCUGGUCAAACAAGUAGAGCUGACCAUGCCGAUGGCCUUGCCCGCAUCUAUCACUUUCUAUUUGAUCUUGCUGAAAACGGGCGUGGUUGCAAUGACAGAACGAGUAUUUACAACUAUAAGUAUGAUAUAGUUGAUUUGAUACUUACCAAACUCGAAAAAGUCACAUCCUUAUCGGAUAUAGCAACGCUACGAAAUACCCCUAUUCAUGGCCAUCUAUCUGCACUACGAUACAUAAUGGCAACGCCUAAUUUCUAUUCAUUAAUUUCGUCUAAAAACGACUUGGAGCCCUCUUGGAGAAUUGUGCUAAAGCGAACUUUGCUUCUUUGCGAAGCAAUGUGGUCUGAUGUUCAAGCGGUCUUAUGUGUGGACUCUCCGGAAAGGGAACACGGAGACUCCGCUGUUGACCUAUUAGGCCCAAAAGAUAUUCUGUCAUGUUGUUGGCGUGCUCUCCGAGAAUCUAGUUUGCUUUUGAAUGCUAUCUUAUCGAAUACCUCAUAUGCACCUCUGAGGGAUGGCUUAAAUUAUGAGGAGUAUUCCAGGGUUGGUAACCUCACGUUCUCUCAGCUAGCGGAACUACGGCACCGUGGUGCAUUCAGCGCAGUAUCCCAGACCUUUGUCUCUUGCUGUCAGAGAUGUAGUCUUUCAAAAGACAAAGCUAUUGCUAGUCUCCCUGAAACUUGGUUUACGGAAAUAUUGAGCACUAUUCACGGCCAAUCGUCCAAACUUACCCGCCGGUCAGCAGGGCUCCCUGCAUUGGCCCUCGGCGUAGCUUCAUCUGCGAAGCCCUUAUUCUUCCAUGAGAUUAUGGAAAAGCUUCAGGGAAUUGCAAAAGUUACGCCUACUUCUGUUUCAGAGCAAUUGGACAUGCGACUGCCGCAAGUCCAUGCCAUGAACUGUCUAAAGGACAUAUUUACUGCAACUAACUUAGCCACUGUAACAGAAGAAUACCUAAUGCCCGCGUUAAGUAUCUCAGCUGAAUGCUUAGGUUCAGAAAUGUUUCCUGGGUUAAUUCCGCUACUUACUGGUCUUCUUGAGAAGGGUGCUCCCAAGCCAACAAAGCCUUCCUCGGAUGCUUCGUUGUCAUGGGAAUUAUCAAUCACCACUGAACGUGUCUUUCCAGCAUUAGAACUGAUUGGAAAAAAGUUUCCCUCGCCUGCUUCUAAUGAGGAUAAACGUAUUCUAGAAUCAAUUUCAUGGCAGUUCGAGAGUCCUGUAUGGGGGAUUCGUGACCACGCUGCAAGGACAUAUGCUAGCCUGGUUGAUAGGGACGACAUUCUUCCCACUGCAUUACGGCUGUCCCAGGUAUCUAUACAGGCCCAGAACCAGCUUCACGGAAGUGCUCUCUGUAUCAAGUAUCUCCUUCGACGAAUCUGGGCUGCACCAGGAGCCUACUACCAAUAUAUCACCAUUGACCAUUUUGAUACCAUCUCACGAGUCCUUAAUCUUAAUAAAUAUUAUGGACAAAUCAUCUCCAACCCCCAGAUGAAGUCAUCAAUUAUCCGAUCUUCUUCACUUUUCCUAGAGAGUAUUACUUUUGGCUACUUAAUGAUAGGAGUUCUUCUCCAUUCAUCCCAAGAGGAAUUGACUAAGUUCAUCCAGGCAGUCUCAGCCGUUGAUGUCAACGUUCCUGCAUCUGUUUUGGAGCGUUUUCACCAGGCAUUCAUUUCCCACUUAAGCUCUCGAAAUGACCGACUAAAGCUGUAUUGCCGCAUGAUCACGGAGGCUCCUUCAAAGAGAGAAGCUGUCGGGGGCAAGCUUGGCGAACUAAGCUUCUUAAUUCCAUGGUCCUCUACAUUCCCUAUCUCAGAAGAAGAUAAUGAGCCAUUCUGGGAUCGUGAAAUGGUCGACGCCUCCAUCCGCCUUCAGGGGUGCCUCCUUUCGCUAAGUAUUAGACAAUCUCCCAACGCUUUGAUUUCGAACUCUGCAGUUGCAGCGCGCUUCAAAAGACUAGCCCAGCAAUUAUCGAUUUCUAUUCAUGAUGAAACGGUGUUUACCACGAGAUUUGCUGCUGUGACUUCUUUAAAAUCCGUUGUCUUAGGCCUGACAGCGGCUGAGAUAAAUUUCUCCCAAGCGCCAAUUUUGGUUGAUGCAAUUUUCGUGCUGUACGACAUGCUUAAUGAUGACGAUGUUGAAAUCAGAGAGGCAGCCGCUCUUAUUGCCUCCAAAGUGCUAGCGGAUGAAUCAAUGGUUUUCAGGCUCCCUGCUGCCGCUGCCACUGCUAUCGCAGACUUUCUUACGAUCCACUACUGCGGCUCAUCUCAAGUUUUUGAGGGUGGUCUCCAACGCUUCCUUGGGGCGGCUAGCCAAAAAAAAUUAUUCGUCCCUGCUGCUGAGGUGCUGAACAAGGCUAUCAAAGAAUCGACGGCAUUGUUCGCAGAAGAGAAACAAAACCUCUAUAUUGAUGAUGUUAGAGAAAUAAAGACAUGGAGUCGACACCUUGUUCGACUUGAUAAUACAGCUAUCAAUGUCCAUCUAUACCAAGAAUUCCACACAUGGGUUAUAGAUGGAUUAGAUGCUCUGACUAAAAUAGCUGGAAGUCAUCCCAAGGACUCUCUCCUAGGCUGGACAUCUAAUGUGGAUGUCUUUGUGACUGGGCUUCGCGUUCUUUAUGGUGCAAAGAUGCUUUUAAUCACACAUAGACAAGUGUCUGCUGAUGUCAAUAUUGCAAAACUGCACAACAAGCUCCAGGCUCUUUACAACAACACAUCUACUACAGAAUUGAACCCAGCCUGGAUAUCCCUUCAGGAGAGCUUAUUGACGGCAAAUAAAGAAGCAGCAGAAAAGCUCGAAUAUCUCACGCCCGCUAGGAUGCAGCAUGAAGCACAGGCGGAAGAAGCAGCUCGCUGUGCCCGAGAAGCCCAACAAGCCGAGCAGAUUGCUGAGCUUACCGCCAUCAUGACCUCGCAUAGCGCAUGCCGUGCCCAGCCGAUUCAACAGCCUCAGCUUGCACAUGUGGCUCAGGCGUAG